AUGCCUGAUCGAACAUGUCAAACCAAAAAUUUAGAAUUCUCUUCAUUCGAUGACGAUAACAUAAAUCGUACUGUCUUAACGACAACUAACACAAAUGGCUACUGUCUUCGUGAACGUCUUUUUUCAAUCAAUAAUGUCUCCGCUAUUAAUUCUUCAAUGUCUUCAAUUAAAUCUACAAAAACCAGUUUAUCGAAUGUCGUUCCAAUGGCUCGCCCAUUCGAUGAAUUUUCUAUUGGUAUAACAACAAUACCUAGUUAUCCUUUAGAUGGGCAAAGUCUUGGUACGACAAUCAAAUCGGACAAAGAUUAA